AUGGCGUCCGUGUCGUCACUUGAUAAAGACUUGCGCAAAAUGCGCCUAGAGAAAUACACACCUGCAGCAGCGAACGAAGCACGCUCAUGGAUUGAGGACAUGCUAGGGGAGACCCUCCCUUCGCCAGAUCUGUUAGAGGGCCUCAAAGACGGAGUCGCUCUGUGCAAGCUCGCCAACCGCGCCCUACCGCCUCCAGGACUCCGAUUCAAGAAAUCCGCCAUGCCUUUUGUGCAAAUGGAAAACAUCUCACUCUUUCUACGCGCAUGCCAAUCUCCGCCGUUGAACCUUCAGCAACACGAUACAUUCCUAACCGUCGAUUUGUUCGAGCAGAAAGAUCCGGCGCAAGUCUUACAGUGCAUCGGCGCAUUCAGCAGAGCGGCCCAUUCUGCAUAUCCUCAAAACUUUCCUGUAUCGAUUGGGCCCAAGAACCGACCAGAUACUGUGACACCACAAGGAACGGGCUCCCGAACCCCCACUGGAACUCGCGACCGAGGCGCAUCUGUCACUAGCAAUAAGUCGCCCGCCUUUGGACGCUCUGCCAUGAUGCCUCAUCGAACAGGUGACUCCGGCUCUGGUAGAUGGAGCCCUACCAAGAGCCCUAGGAACCGACCUGAAUCUCCUAGCGCCGUUAGCAGCUGGAGCAAGAAGGAGCACGAAGGCACUACGUCACCUGCUUGGAACAUUGCCCAAUACGGCUAUCUAGGGGGAGCCAGUCAAGGUAACCUGGGCAUAUCGUUUGGCGGAAGAAGGCAAAUCACAAAUGCUAGUCCCCGCGUGCCGAAUCUUGCCGACAAGGAGCGCCGUCGAAAGGAGGAGGAAGAACGUGCCCGUCUCGAAGCCGAGGAAGAUGAAAAACGACGAUUUGGGGAAGAGGAGCGUGCCAGGCUGGAAGAAGAACAUAGAUGGGAGGAGGAGACAGAGCAAUUGCGACAGAAAGAGCGAGAAGCAGCUGAAGAGGAGAAACGGCGAUGGGAGGAGGAAGAAAGGCAAUGGCAGUUGACAGAAGAACAGAGGCGCAAGGAGGAGGAAGAGGCCGAAGCUCGACUGGAGGCAGAGCGCAAGUCCUUGAAGUCUCGCAACGACUCCAAACUGACAGGACAGUUCUUGAGUCAGUAUCGCACUGAGCAAGGAGCCUCGCAGCAGGAUGGCGCUUCGGAAGAUGACUACAAGAACCGGGUGAAGCAACUGGAGCAGGAGUUAGAGCUCGCUCGACAGCGCGAGGCCGAGUAUGAGCGAGAGCGUCAAGAGCGAGGUCCUCGUCAGGGAAGCGUUGAGGUUAAGCCUACUCCUAAGCCCAAGCCCAAGCUGAUCUCCAGCCCCCCAAGCCGCUCUGAUUCGUGGUCCAAGGAUGAACGAGAGGUCCUGCGCACCCGCUCUCCUUUCAACCGAGAGCCAAUGCAAGCAAGCACACCUCCUAUGUUGCCAUCCAGGUCUCCUCGUCCUCUUCCUGACCCGACUGCGCUGCCGCAGGCAAAAUCACCCAAACCUAGCAGCCGCCCUCUUCCUGAUCCUGCGGCAUACGCAUCCAAGCCUGCCCCUUCGCCUGCCCCUUCAACUCGCACCGAUCGCUUCUUGCCCAGAAAACCAGCUCCCUCGCAGCCAGCGGCCCAGACCACAUACUCUCGCGAGCUCGGCGCCACAGCUGAACAAGACGCUGAGGACCUACGCCGUGCCGAGAGUCAAAACAAGACCAAAGCUGGUGGAUGGGCGUCAAAGUCGCUCCUGGAGCGCGAAAUGGAAAUGGAACGACAACGGCAGCGAGAGUGGGAAGAGUCACAAAAAGAAACCGCUGCCGCAGUGCGUUCCAACGACGGCGUAGAGGGUAUUGGUGGCGGAAUUGGUGGUCGCUGGGAUGUUGGACAAUGGGCCGGUUUCACUGGCGGUGAUAGCCAAAACAAGGGAUCAAUAGGUAUUGGGGCGGGACGAAGACAAAUCGUGGGUCCUCGACCGCUACCUGACCAACCGAGGUAA